UGAUUCGGGAGCCAGCCUGCGGUCAGAGGCUCAUACCCAGCUGACCCAGCUGCCUCUCUGGACAGAGGGAGGGGGAAGUGGCCAGAAGGGGAAGUGUGAGGAGUUCCCCUCCGGCCCGUCACCAGUCUCCUCAGGCCCUCGGAGCGGCGGCCAUGGCCAUGGAGCCUCUGGAGACACCCAUCAAGGACGGCAUCCUCUACCAGCAGCACAUCAAAUUUGGCAAGAAGUCCUGGCGGAAGGUAUGGGGUCUACUGUAUGCAGGAGGCCCAUCAGGCGUGGCACGGCUAGAAAGCUGGGAGGUCCGGGAUGGUGGCCUGGGGCCAGCAAGUGACAGGUCUGUGGGGCCUGGCCGGCGAGGAGAGCGGCGGGUCAUCCGCCUGGCUGACUGCGUAUCCGUGCUGCCGGCUGACGGUGAGAGCUGCCCGCGGGACACUGGUGCCUUCCUGCUCACCACCACGGAGCGAAGCCACCUGCUGGCCGCACAGCACCGCCAGUCUUGGAUGGCCCCCAUUUGCCAGCUGGCCUUCCCGGGCACAGGGGAGAGCUCCCAAGGAUCAGGGGAGGCAGAGGCUCCCAAGAAGGGCCUGGUCCAGAUGGAGGAGAACUCCAUCUACUCCUCCUGGCAGGAAGUUGUCGAGUUUCCAGUGGUGGUACAGAGGACGGAGGCAGCCGCCCGCUGCCAGCUGAAGGGGCCCUACCUCCUGCUGCUGGGCCAGGACUCCAUCCAGCUGAACGAGCCCGCCAGCCCCCAGGCGCUCUACACCUGGCCCUACCGCUUCCUGCGCAAGUUCGGCUCCGACAAGGGCGUGUUCUCCUUUGAAGCCGGCCGCCGCUGCGACUCGGGCGAGGGCCUCUUCGCCUUCAUCAGCCCCCGCUCCCGCGACCUAUGCGGGGCCGUAGCCGCCGCCAUCGCCCGCCAGCGGGAGCGGCUCCCAGAGCCGGCGGGGCCCCAGCCCUGCCCCCUGCCUCGGGCCACCUCCCUGCCCUCGCUGGAGCCUCCGGGGGAGCUGCGGGAGGUGCUCCCGGGGCCAGAGGCGCCCGGCUCCCGGAGGGCGCACGCGGCCGAGCUCGGGCCCCGGAGCCUGCCCCCUCUGCUGGGCCCCGCAGCCCCGGAAGAGCCGGCGCCCGCGCUCUACGCGUCGGUGUGCAAGCGGGCCAGCCGGCUUCCGGACGCCGCCGAGCACCUGUACGAGAACGUGUGCGUGCUGGACGCCGGCCCCGCGCCCGAUGUCGGCUGUCCGGAGCAGGAGGGCCCGGGCGGCCGCAGCCCCCUGGCCAGCCGCAUCUACCACAAUAGCCAGGACCUGGGCUGGCCCGCCGCGGCCCAUGACAGCAGCCUGGAGGCCCAGUACCGUCGGCUGCUGGAGCUGGAGCUGGCCGACAACGGCGACGAGGCCGGGGGCUCCGCCCGCGCCGGCGCCCACUUGGGCUUCAAGGCCAAGCUGGUGACGCUGCUGAGCCGCGAGCGCAGGAAGGGACCGGCUCCCUGCGACAGGCCCUGACCGAGUAUCGUGGCUGCCGGAGAGGAAUGCACUCUCCCUGGGACAAGAGGGCGGGGUAACAAUGGACAUCUGCAGACACACCCCCACACUCACUCUAGCCUGGAGGGACAAGGCAGACAGCCUGGGGAGGACCCCGCAGGUGCCCUGCCGGCCCCCAGUGUAUAGUGUACAGACUUGCUGGUAAUAAAGCCUUUUAGUUCUCCUCUC